AUGGAGAUAAAAGUUGGAUUGGAGGAUCACUUGGUUGUUAAUGGUUUUGUUGAUGGUUACACCAAAUGGGUUUUCCAUGGGGAAGGGUUUUCCUCUAGAAAUGCACCUCACCAAAUCAAUGGUGAUGAAGGUUCUAACAUGUGUGAUGAUAUUGAUGGAUUGUUUCAUGAUACCUUUAGAAAUGUAGAAGGUGAGACAGAGCAGGAAGAACAGAUGAGAGCGACUCUAUCUGAAGAUGCUAAGAGAUUUUUCAGAUUAUUAGAAGAAGGCAAACAAGAAUUAUAUCAUGGGUGUGAAGCUUUCACUAAAUUGAGUUUUACUAUUAGGUUGUACGUGUUUAAUUCCUUGCAUGGAUUGAGUAAUGUGGCAUUUUCAAAUAUGCUAGAGUUGUUAAAAGAGGCAUUUCCCUUUGUUCAGUUGCCAGAAUCUUUCAACAAGGCUAGAAACAUGAUAAAAGAUUUGGGUCUUCAUUAUGAAAAAAUACAUGCAUCCCCUAUUGAUUGCAUGUUAUUUUGGAAAGACAAUGAAAAUGCCGAUAAUUGCUUUGUUUGUGGGGAUUCUCGAUGGAAUGUUGUUGUUGCUUCCUUGACUAAUACAAGCUUUAAAAUCCUAGUAAAGGUUUUAAGGUACUUUCCAUUAAAGCCUAGGCUUCAGAGAAUAUUCAUGUGUCCUGAAACAACCAUUGCAAUGAGAUGGUAUGCUAAUGAACGACCCAAUGAUGGGAAUAUGAGGCAUCCUGCUGAUGGAGAAGCUUGGAAGGAUUUUGAUUCUCUACAGCCUGACUUCUUCAGAGAUCCACGUAAUGUUAGGUUGGGUCUUUCAAAUGAUGAUUUCAACCCAUUUCGAACCAUGAGCAUUUCUCAUAGCACGUGGCCUAUCAUGUUAAUGAAGUAUAAUUUAUCACCAUGGAUGUGCAUGAAGCCAGAAUAUAUCAUGUUAUCAAUGAUCAUUCCAGGUCCUUCAUCUCCAGGAAAUGAUAUUGAUGUGUAUCUACAACCAUUAAUUGAAGAAUUGAAGGAACAAACAUAUGAUGCUGAGACAAAGCAAACAUUCCAAAUGUGUGCAGCCUUAUUGUGGACAGUUAGUGAUUUAACAGCUUUAGCAAUGCUUUCAGGCUGGAGCACCAAGGGUAGAUUGGCAUUGUCACACCUCCUUUUUACACUAUACCCCAGAGAGGGAGUACAAAGGAGUUUUUCCAAUUAA